AUGCCAAAUGAGUCAAAGUUCACUUCAAUGGGCUUACACAGCUUCCAGCCCAGACCAAUAGCAAAAUUGGUUACUCGUUCUAGGGUUUGGGUGCAAAUAUUAUAUUUAAUCGUUUUCCCCUUUCACUCCAGCCUCUGUCCCGGUGUUCUCAUCAGAAUCGAGUUCGGGAAGAAACAAGACUUUAACCAUGAGCCACUCAUGAGAUCUGAUUGCAUUGUCCACAGUAAGCUUCAGAGUGAGGCCCUUAGGGAAGCCAUUUCGGUGAUAACAGCUGAAUGUAAGGAGAAGAAGAGAAAUUUCACUGAAACAAUAGAGCUCCAGAUUGGCCUCAAGAACUAUGACCCUCAGAAGGACAAGCGUUUCAGUGGUUCAGUGAAGUUGCCUCACAUCCCUCGACCGAAAAUGAAGAUCUGCAUGCUUGGUGAUGCCCAGCAUGUUGAAGAGGCAGAAAAGAUUGGGCUCGAGUCGAUGGAUGUUGAGGCCCUGAAGAAAUUGAACAAAAACAAGAAGCUGGUGAAGAAGCUUGCUAAGAAGUAUCAUGCUUUCUUAGCCUCAGAAGCCGUUAUCAAGCAAAUUCCCCGUCUCUUGGGACCAGGACUUAACAAGGCAGGCAAAUUUUGUGGACUUGACUUACAUAGACAAGUUAGCUUGUUAGGCAAGUUCCCCACUCUUGUCACUCACCAGGAGUCACUUGAGUCGAAGGUGAACGAGACAAAGGCUAUGGUGAAGUUCCAGUUGAAGAAGGUGCUCUGCAUGGGCGUAGCUGUAGGAAACCUCGACAUGGAGGAGAAGCAGAUCUUCCAAAAUGUGCAAAUGAGCGUCAACUUCCUGGUUUCUCUUCUGAAAAAGAAUUGGCAGAAUGUAAGCAUGAUUUAUUUUACUGUAUCAAUUCGUGAGGUGCUUGUACUUGAAGAGCACAAUGGGAAAGCCACAGCGCAUCUUUUAAGGUGUUGGGUUCCUAUUUCAUUUUUGUUUCAAGAAUAGUUUGUAAGAGACCAUAAGCAAUCAAAUAUUUCUGUGGACAAGGAACUUUUUUUCAUUUUUGUGCUACUGCUCAUUUGACUGUUGUUUACCUCUUUUAUUAUGUUUAUGUUUAGUUGGUUUUUGCACUUUUUUUCAAGCAGUAAUUGUGUGGAUCUGUGUUUUAAAUGCCAUUGUUUGGUUAUUACUCUGAUGCAUUUUCUGGAAGUGGCAAUUUAUUGUAAUGCAAAAUUUGUUUGAGCUUUGUUCAGUAAGCAUUUGUCCGUUGGACUUAGUUUUGUUGGUGUUGAUCGGCUGUAGGAAGUCUAAGCUCCGGACAUGAAUGCUUGCUUUCUGAACGAUAUGCAAAGAAUACGUGCUUGAUCUCUUCUGCAGGGGUGUUUUAGGAGUAGAAUUGUGCAUUUUUGGUUUUUAUGCGAGUUGAGCAUAAAAUAUGACUGAAUGUUUUAAAAGUUUUUUGGUUGAUAUCCGAGUUAUUUUUGCUUCGUUGACUGAUAAAUUAAUUGCUCGUCUUGCAUGUACUAUGUUUUUACAAAGUUUC